AUGGCUCUCCCCGCCUGGAACCUCCUCAAAGGCAAGACCGCCGCCAUCACCGGUGGCACAACCGGCAUCGGCCGAGCAAUUGUUCUGGAAUUUGUCCGUCAGGGGUGCAACGUCGCAGUGAACCAUCUCGGCCUUGACAACUCCCACACUCACAGCCUCCUCGAGGAAGUCAAAGCCAUUGAGAAGCAACAAGGGGCCAGCGCGGGCAAAGUGCUCGAGCUCGCCGGCGACGUCACAGCUCCGGAAACUAGCAGUCAGCUCAUUUCCGAAGCCGUCAGUCAAUGGGGGAAGUUGGACAUCUUUGUCGCCAACGCGGGAGUCUUUAAACAAGCAGAGUUCCUCAAAAUUGAGCCCGCCCUCCUAGACCACAGCGUCGAUGUGAACGUCAAAGGAUGCUUCUACUCCUGCCAAGCCGCCGCCCGCCAGAUGGUAAAGCAAGGCCAUGGCGGCUCGAUCAUCGGAAUUUCCUCCGUCAGUGCCCUAGUAGGCGGUGGCCUACAGACUCACUACACACCUACCAAGGCGGCGAUCCUAUCUAUGAUGCAGUCUAUGGCUAUUUCACUGGGUAAAGAUCAGAUUCGGUGUAAUGCGCUGAUGCCUGGUACCAUCAAUACAACGCUUGCUGAUCAUGAUAUGAAAAACCCGACUAAGAAGGCUGCGCUUGAGGCGCGGAUUCCUCUUGGUCGCAUUGGGAGUCCUGAAGAUAUGGCUGGACCAGCGGUCUUUUUGGCUUGUGAGCCGAUGAGUCGUUAUGUUAAUGCUUCUGGGUUAUUGGCUGAUGGUGGUAUGUUUAGUAACUUGCAGUGA